CUUUCACAGACCGCGAGAAAGGAAAUCGUCGGACGUGACAGGCGUGCUGCUGAAGAUGACGGGAGACGAACCAGCGUUGAUGUUAUGUUAAACUGAGAGGUAGCCUAAAAUAUCGGAGAACAGACGAUUUCGUCAAGAAUCGCAGCUGAGGAACACGGGUUGAUAGCGACUGACAAUCUUACUUUUAAUCCCAAUGUAACCUUGUCCCAGUCCUGCUGUGUUCAAAUAGCAUCCGCAAAGAUUGAAUCCCUGUGGGGAUGGAGGGGAUUUUCUUUGAAGUGAAACCCAGAAACGAGCCUGACCUGAGCCAAAAUGGCAGCAGAAGCCCCACCCACACCCCUCCGGUCAAGGUGCAAGACAAGCCACAGGAGGCCGAUGAGGAACUGGAAUUCCAGUACAUCCUUCACCUGGUCGGGUCACUUCCUGUCCACCCACUGACCACCAUGGCCAUGCUGCCCUGGGUGGUGGCAGAAAUCCGGAGACCCGGCGACAGGGAGAAACCCAGCAGGCGAGCAUCCUUGCCCGCCCGGCCUGUGGCACCCGUCCCUCAGAACCAGGCAGUCCGCCUCCAGGUCUCUGCCAGCUGUGUGCGGUGUAUCCUGGACGCAGGACCCGGCCUGCCCUGGGACCCGCUGCACCACACGCUGCUGUUCGAGCACCGGCCCCACCGCAUACACAAGCUCAUCCACAACAGCCAGGACCCCAGCUACUUCGGCUGCCUCAUCCGCCAGGAGUCCAGCUGCGCCUGCUACGUGUUCCGCUGUGAAGACCACUUCAAGGUCCCUGAGAUCAUCAGCACACUGCGGCAGGCUGGGAAGACCUCGGCCCGGCAGGAGGAGGUCCCGGGGGUCCCGGGGGUCCCUGAGGAAUACAGCGAUGCCAUCGCUGCCAUCUUCGCCAAGAAGUUUGAGGUGCUGUUCUGCGGGCGCGCCAGCGUGCCGCACAAGAAGGCCCCGCCCGCCCUGAUCGACGAGUGCAUCGACAGGUUCCGCCACGCCAGCGGAGGGGGGCUGGCGGGGGCCUCUGCCAGCGCCGUGGCCCAGCUGAAGCGCGCCUUCUUCGCCCAGCCGUCCGCCAACGGGGCCCCGGACGCCCCCGCCACUGCCAGCCCCCCCGGGGGCCUGAAGACCGUGUUCUUCCGCCGGGACCCCAGCUUCCCCUCGCUCCAGGCCCUGGAUGAAAACGGCCUCUCCCCGGAUCUGCACAAGAGGGGCACCAACGGACCCUGCGGCGUGCAGCCUACCAGCAUCCAGGAGAACCGCACUAUGCUCUUCACGGUGGGCAAGUCGCAGAUCUUCCUGGUGAGCCCAGACACCAAGAAGGUUGCCAUGGAGAAGAGCUUCAGAGAGAUCUCCUUCUGCUCCCAGGGCAUCCGGCACGUGGACCACUUCGGCUUCAUCUGCAGGGAGUCUCUGGAGAGCGGAAGCUGCCAGUUUGUGUGCUACGUGUUCCAGUGCACGGACGGGACGCUGGUGGACGAGAUCAUGAUGACCUUGAAGCAGGCGUUCUCCGUGGCCGCCCUGCAGCAGAGCUGGAGGACCCAGGGCCAGCAGUGCGAGAGCUGCCCCAUGCAGCAGCUCCAUCGACUCUGUGAGAAGAUUGAAGGUCUCCACCCAUCCAAGGCCAAACUGGAGCUCCAGCGGUACAUGGCAUCUCUGGACAGCAUGGAACAGGCCUCUAUCUUCGAGAGCAUCAUGAAAGCCCGUCCCAGGACCGAGCAGGAGGAGAAUGAGCUGGUCAUGUCCAACCUGAGAAGCCUGCAUGAAGAGAGGCAGAGUAACCACCAGCACAGCCACAACGGAGACCUCAAACAGGUACAGCACAGCCACAACGGAGACCUCAAACAGGCGUCUCAGAGUGCAGAAGAGGCCCCCAGCGAGGCGCACCUGUCAGGCAGCCGGCUGCGGCUGGAGCAGCUGAAGACGCGGGCCAAGCGCUCCCUCACAGAGUCCCUGGAGGGCAUCUGGAAGGGCAGCAGUAGGUCCAGAGCCCAGCGGGAGAACAGUGAGGGAGAUGCAGACAGCAACUCAUCUAACUCCACUCUCAACAGCUCCCGGGAGCCGUCCCCGGUGGAGUCUCUGCCCUCCCCCCUGCGGCCCUCCAGCCCCCUGAAGGCGCACAGCUCCACGGGGGACCUGAAGCAGCUGGACGCCUCGCUGAGGGACCCCCAGCGCCCGGGCUUCCGCCGAAGGGCCAACACCUUCAGCCACCUGCCCUCGCCCUCCUCCACCGACCCCUCCAGCCCACCCCUGCCCCCGGACCCCACCGCCGCCACCAAGCCCAAACUGGUCCGACACUACUCCGUCAGCACCGACACACCCCACCAGAGCAAAGCCUCCUCCUCCUCCCUGACCGAGCCUCCCGCCUCCUCCCCCGCCUCCUUUAGACCCCUAAAGCUCGAGCUGAGGGGGCGGCCCAAGCGCAGCCCCCUCUCCUCCACUGCCCUCAGUGGCCUCAGAGCCCGGCUGCACUCCUCCUCCUCUGUGCCCAACUUUCUCAAAUUUCUGCCUCCGCUGGCCGAGAACAGCGCCUCUGACUUUAACACUGACAGUGAUGUGGCGGCCCUGUCCAGCCCCGGGGUGGUGGGAGAGGACAGUCCGCUCCGGGGCCACAGGCAGUCCUGGAGGCAGCAGAUCUUCCUGAGGGUGGCCACGCCCCAGAAGACGUGCGACACGCCCCCCCGAUACGACGACAGAGGUGGCCCCACGGGGGAGGCCCUUGGCCCCGGGGGCGGGGUCUGUGACGGCCCCCUCAGGACGCUCCCGGAGGAGAGGAGGAAGAGGAGCGGGGCGGAGCUUCGGGAGCUCUGGAGGAAGGCCAUUCUGCAGCAGAUCCUGCUGCUGAGGAUGGAGAGGGAGAACCAGAAACUGCAGGCUUCAGAGAGCGACCUGCAGAACAAGCGGCUGAAGCUGGACUACGAGGAGAUCACGCCCUGCCUGAAGGACGUGACGCUGGUGUGGGAGAGGAUGCUGGGAACGCCGGGCCGCGCCAAGGUCAAGUUCGACAGGGAGGCCAUCCACGCGGCCGUGGGACAGGGAGUUCCUCGGUACCACCGCGGGGAGAUCUGGAAGUUUCUGUCGGAGCAGUACCUGCUGAGUCAACGGGUGCCAAGCCGUACCCCUGGGACAGACACUCCCUACAAGGAGCUUCUGAAGCAGCUGACCUCCCAGCAGCACGCCAUCCUCAUCGACCUGGGCCGCACUUUUCCCACGCACCCUUACUUCUCGGCCCAGCUGGGCGCGGGGCAGCUGUCCCUGUACAACCUGCUGAAGGCGUACUCUCUGCUGGACCCCGAGGUGGGGUACUGCCAGGGCCUGAGCUUUGUGGCCGGGGUGCUGCUGCUGCACAUGGGCGAGGAGGAGGCCUUCGCCAUGCUCAAGUUCCUCAUGUUCGACAUGGGCCUGCGCAAGCAGUACCGCCCCGACAUGAUCAUCCUGCAGAUUCAGAUGUACCAGUUGUCCAGGCUGCUGCAUGACUACCACAGGGAGCUGUACCUGCACCUGGAGCAGCAGGAGAUCGGGCCCAGCCUGUAUGCGGCGCCCUGGUUCCUCACCGCCUUCGCCUCGCACUUCCCCCUGGGCUUUGUGGCCCGCGUCUUUGACAUGCUGUUUCUCCAGGGUUCAGAGGUCAUCUUCAAGGUGGCCCUGAGCCUGCUGGGAAGCCACAAGCCCCUGAUCCUGCAGCAUGAGAACCUGGAGGCCAUCGUGGACUUCAUCAAGACCACCCUGCCCAACCUGGGCCUGGUGCAGAUGGAGAAGACCAUCAACCAGGUGUUUGAGAUGGACCUGUCGAAGCAGCUGCAGGCAUAUGAGGUGGAGUACCAUGUGCUGCAGGAGGAGUUGCUGGACGCCCCCUCCACGCUCAGCCAGCAGCAGAGAAACGCUCACCUGGAGAAGACCAACAGCAGCCUGCGGCAGCAGAACAUGGACCUGCUGGAGGAGCUGCAGGUUGCCCACGCUAAGAUCCACAGCCUGGAGUCCAGUGUGGAUGGUCUGCUGGGCAGUGAGGGACAGCUGAAGCAGGAGGUGCGGUCCCUGGAGCAGGAGAGGGCCCAGCUGCUGGACAUUGUGGCCGCCCUCCAGGCCCAACUGGCCACCCUGGACCCGCCCCACUCCCAGAGCCACCGCACUCCCCGGGACAAGCACUCCACGCACUGAUUUCAGGGACGGGGAUCCAAAAAUCUAAAAGUCUCCUACCGACCCUGCCUCACCACACCCAGCCCAUGUUACCUCCAGUCCCAGAAACAGUGCUGAGGAUGUGGUGUGUGUCACAUGACCCAAAGAUCUGAGAGAGCCAAAGGUUCGCAGGAGUUUCUGUGGCUUCCAGCCUUUUCCCAAAGAGCACUGACCUGGGCCUACAGACAGGGGCUCCAGACCGGCUUUACUGACCUGGGCCUUCUGACAGGGGCUCCAGACCGGCUUUACUGACCCUGUAUGUUCAAACAUUUGCAUGUUCAUACAAAGAGCAAAGGGUUGCACCUGAAUGGUGACCCCCCCCCCCCCCCCCCAUUGUAACACUCAAUUAUGAGGGCUGAAUGCCUGCAGGGUGGUGGGCAGAUGACACUGCUGACAGACGGGAUAAUGCAGGGGGGGUGCAGGAAUGCAGGCAGGUACAGUAUUUGGGGGGGUGGGCGUGGGUUGUCUUGCCUGUCCUGUGCUCUGCUGUUCUGUUCUGUUAGGAGGGACACUUAAAACAUAAUGCCUGCUUUUAAGAGCAACCAAAGAAUUCCGGAGAGUUCCCUCACCAUCUGCCAACAGACUGUGCUUUGCCUGAACACCCCCGCCUAAUAUUCCAGAUUGCGUUGUGCACACGCCAACUCGUAAAGUACAUGCACUGUUUAUAUUUCAGAUGUUUGUGUGUGUGUGUGUGUGUCUGUGUGUGUGUGUGUGUGUGUGUGUGUGUGUGUGUGUGUGUGUGUGUGUGUGCACGCACACAUGCGCGUUUGCGCACUGAGUAAAUAAAUGGCGCAUGUUGGGAGGGGCGAAGUUCUGAGUGUCACACUAAGUUUAUGAGUCAAGUCUGUCACUGUGACCCAAAUCUCUGUGGCACAUUUGGUGCUAUGAGUGGCAGGACUCAGUGUUCACUGUUUGAAACUUGGAGCUAAGCUCAGGACACUGGCUCUUAAGUGCAGGAGACAAUGUCAACGUGACCCAAAUCAUGUGUGCCAGGGUGUGCAUCUGUGUUUGUCUCAAUGCUCCCACACUGUAUGCUUUACAGUUUCUUUUUGAAGUGUGACUCUUUCUAUCAUGGCACAUGUUUGUUUUAAUUAUUAUUAUUGUUAUUAUAUGCAUAAACAUACUUUUCAUAUCUGUUGAGUGAAGUCACAGUAAAGAUUUAGCUCUUCUUA